AUGGCAACAUAUAUUAUUAAUCUAUUUAGGGAUUAAAAAAAUAAGGAAGAAAAGUUAGAUACAGAACCAAAUAGCAUAAAUUCACCUCAUAAUUUAAAUAACAAAUCACUUCUGUAUUCUGGUAAUUUUAAACUUUUCAAGCAAAAGUUCAAAGUAACUUUUAAAAGUAUAAUUAGUUCAUCCAUUAAACCGUAUCCUUAUUUUAUUAUAAAGACAAAAACAUUCAUAUAAGCUAUAGAAUUUUAGAUGUUGUUUCAUAAUUCAAUUUAUAAUUAACUUUGGUAAUACUUGAAUGUUUUUUAUUAAAUAAUUAAGCUAUUUUCAUAUGUAUAUUCAUAAUUACAAACCCUAUACUUAUUUUUAUUUUGAGAAUUUUAUUCAAGAUAAUGGAAGCAAUUUAUAGAUUUGGAAGAAUUGCUAGUGCUGUUAGUUAGUCCUUUUUAAUAAUAAUUUUGGUGCUUCCGAAUCUAAUCCUAAUUAUUCUUUACUAAUACAGGUAUCAUAUUAUAUUAAUUUAGUAUCAUAUUGAAAUCAGAAUAUUAUGUUUUUUACAUAAUUUACUUAGGGAAUACUAUAAUAUCAUAAGUUCUUAUAGAACCAAUAACAAUCUUUAUCAGAAUAUAUAUUUAUAGGUAGAUAUCUUCUAGUUUAAAAAAUAUGGAUCUUAAUCCGAAGUAUCAUUUAAUGCAUUUUUUCAUAAUACAUAGCUGUUUAGAAGAUAUUUUUGAAGAGUUCACAAGGAUUUGA